UCUUCUUACAGCCGUCAACCCCCUAAUUCUCUCUACACCAAGAAGCCUACCGAGAUCUCCCAGCACCCAAGAGGCAGAGGUAAGCCAUAUAGACUUAAAAGAAGAACAGAGGUAUCUUCUGAACGGGAGAAGGAUAGUUGGGGGGAAGGGAGUGGGGUUAGGGGGGUUGUAGGGGAUAUGUGGGAAUUUUGAAGGGAGGAGGAGAGGGGAGGGAUAGGUUUUGGGGUCUUUAGUUGGUGGUGGUUGGGUUUAGAGAGGGAUUUUAGUUUUUGGGGAGAGGUAUGAUAAAGUUUUGGGUAUUUUGAGAUAGUGUAGGAAAAGUUUUAGUUGUAAUGUUAGCUUUAGGGUUGCCCUUAGAGCUUUAAAUAGUUUGAAUUUCUCAUUAGUAAACUUAUAAGUAAUUAUAGAUAUCUUGAUUCUAAUUCAGAAGAACUUUUUAAAAAUAAAUUAAUUAAAGAUAUGAAAAUUUAUUUCGAAUUUGAUAUAGUGGUUUCAUGCUUAUAGAAACUGAUAGUAGACUUUUAUUAUCAAGAUUCUAAGCGCAAUUUUUAUUCGACAAAGCAAAGAUAAAUUUAUGCCAUUAAAAUUUAAUGUUUCAGAAAAUUUGUAGGGAUAAAAUUAAUUUUUCAGCUUCUCACGAAAUCCUUUACGAAAUUUUGAUUCAAAGUAUAAUCCUCUAUCUGAAUAUGGCUCCAAAUUUAAAAAUAAAAAUCAGAAGGCUAAAAUCUCAAGAAAUUAAUAAAUUACUAAAAGAUACACAUGAUGAAUCCUUAAAUAAUGAUGAUAUCCUUCCUGAUUCCUUCAAUAAGAUAUGAAAACAAGUAGCAUCAAUGGAGAGAGAAAUUAUUGAGCCAGAUCUUAAACAACUUGACCAUGACAGAGACUUAAGAGGACAACAGAUUAAGGACAGGAUUGAGAAAGCUGGUGAAUAUCAACAAGAAAUUCAGAAAACUGUAGAUGAAAUUCAGGAAAAUAUUAGGCUUGAAAACCAAAUGAUUGAAGAACAGGCUUCAAAGGAAGAAUUAAAUAGAUCUGAACAAUUCAGAGUAAAGCUUGAAGAAAGCAUUGGUGAAGCAAAAGCUAUAUUAAAAAGUAGCUCCAACAACACAGACACCCAAGAAAAGAACAUUAAAGAGAUAUGCAACAUCAUAAAUAAAUUACCAAGUUCUGGUAUCAAAGAUUUAAAGAUACUAAAUAUUGAUCAAUUGAUUAAAGAAUUAGAGGAGAUCAUCCAGAACGAAAAUGGAGAGCCUGAGAAUAUUGAUUUUUGUGAAGAUGAAGUACCUGGAAAAUUGAAUAAUACACCAGGAUUUAAUGGAUCUAAAUUCUUAAAUGAUCCCGAUCGCAAUUUUAGACCAGUAAACCCAUCAUUUGGAAAAUUAAACGAUAAAAAAUAUGUAGAUUCUAGAAAGAAACACAAUAAAAAUUUUUUGAAUGAAUAUCAAUAUGACUCAAUCCCCAAAAAAUCAAACUCAAACAUAACAGAAAACUUAAAAGAUGAGACUCUGAUUGAUGCCAAUAAGAUCAAAGAGGCUCUGACUCAGGCAAAAGAGCAUUAUGGUUCAACCCUGAAUGUGUUUAAAUCUCUGGAUACUAACAUUAAGAAUUACUUAAAUAGUUCUGAAGUUUACCAAGCAAUUCAAGAUCUUCAAUCCCAGAAACAUUUUGAAGAUAUUAAAGAAAGUGAAGAAUCAAAGAGAAUUAGUUCUGAAUUACAAGUUCUUGAAAACAUAAAUUUUGAUGAAUUAAAAACAAAAGCAUCAAAAUGUAAAAGUUUGAAGAAUCAGUUAACCUAUCUUAACAAUGAUUAUGUAAUUUAUCAUACCUUUAAAUCUAAAUAGAAAACUCUUGGCGACACAAUAAAUCGUUAUCAAAAUACUGGAUAUAGAGAAAAUACAAUAAUCCCUGUAAGA